CCUGCGUGUUGCGUGUUUGGGAUUGUUGUGAUGGGAGGCCGCAGCCAUCUUGGAUCAGCGCGGCUCCACAGUGAGCAGCGGAAGGGGGACGGACGACGAUAACAGUGGAGCCACUUAGCUAACGUUAGCCGUUCGGACAACACAUACGCAAACUGUUUUCACCGUGCGGGGCGACUAUGCUUCACACACGCGCUGUUUUCUUCUGUGUUAGCCGUCGGUUUGCGUGCACAAAGGCAUGGGUAGAAACCGUUUGAAGCGUAUAUCGUUGUAGACGGUGCAGUUCGUCGGUAUAUCUUUUUAAAUUUCUGAAUAGAGGAGUUACUAUGAAUGGAGGAUAAAUGUUGCCAAAGGCUGACAGCAGCAGUUUCGUCCUUUUCUCUCUUCUCUUCGUCCUCACUGUAACGGACCCGCUACGGACAGGUCCGCGGCUAGCUCUGGCAAGAUUAUUGUCAGAGCAGCGCUGCAGCCCCGGGCAGUUUGCCUGCCGCAGUGGGAAGAUGCAAUGUAUCCCCAUGUCCUGGCAGUGUGAUGGCUGGACAGCAUGUGAGGACAAGAGUGACGAGAUGGACUGUCCCUCUAUAAAAGAGGAGAGGUUUCGCUUCGGUAACGGAUAUGACCAGGUGGAAGAUGUCAUCGCCGUGGAUCCUCCUGUUCGCCUCAGCAGCAUCUCAAAGAAAUGCCCCAGUGGGUGGCAUCACUACGAGAAGACGGCCAGCUGUUACAAAGUCUACCUGAGGAAUGAGAACUACUGGCAGGCCGUGGACACCUGUCAGCGAGUCAACGGCUCGCUGGCUACGUUCGUGACCAACGAGGAGCUGCAGUUCAUACUGAAGAUCGAGGUGGACUUUGACGAUUCGGUGUGUGAGCACAGAGAGCAGUGCAAGUUUUGGGUCGGUUACCAAUAUGUCAUCACCAAUCAGAACCACACUCUGGAGGGCCGCUGGGAGGUUGCAUACAAAGGAUCGAUGCAGGUGUUUCUACCACCAGAGGGUCUGACCAGUAUUGGGGAGACGUCUCCAUCCCAGGACAACGUCUUCUGUGCCCAGCUGCAGCGCUUUCAGAUCAAAAGCAUGAAUGAACGAGGCCUGCACAGUUGGCACGCCGAGAACUGCUACAAAAAGUUCCCCUUCCUCUGCAAGAGGAGGCAAACGUGUGUGGAUAUCAAGGACAACGUCGUAAACGAGGGCUACUACUUCACUCCCAAGGGCGACGACCCGUGUCUGAGCUGCACGUGUCACGACGGCGAACCCGAGAUGUGCGUGGCAGCUCUGUGCGAGCGGCCGCAGGGCUGUCAGCAUUUCCGCAAGGACCCAAAGGAGUGCUGCAAGUUCACCUGCCUGGACCCAGAUGGAAACAGUCUGUUUGACUCCAUGGCCAGUGGGAUGAGACUGAUUGUCAGCUGCAUCUCGUCGUUCCUCAUCCUCUCUCUGCUGCUCUUCAUGGUGCACAGGCUGCGUCAGCGGAGGCGUGAACGCAUUGAAACGCUGAUCGGAGGAAACCUGCAUCACUUUAACCUCGGACGACGAGUCCCGGGCUUCGACUACGGCCCGGACGCCUUCGGCACCGGCCUCACUCCCCUGCAUCUCUCUGACGACGGAGAAGGAGGCGCGUUUCAUUUCCAGGAGCCUCCGCCGCCGUACGCAGCCUACAAAUACCCGGACAUCCAGCAUCCUGACGACCCUCCACCUCCAUACGAGGCCUCCAUCAACCCCGACAGCCUCCUCUACGUUGAUCUGGGACAUCACGCUGGGGUUUCUAUGGUGCCCGGCCCAAUGAACGUCAUGGUGGACCGACUCCAGACCGAUAUCCCCAACAUGUCCUGCUCCAUGCCCGGCUCGGCUCCACCCACACAGGAGAGGGAGGACUCCAUUGACAGCAGCACCCUCCUGGUGGGGCCAGACACGCCGACAGACGGCCACGUCCCCGCCUCCAUGCCCGCAGACUGCACCUCCCUCAGCACGGUGGUAUAGGACUGUGGACGGACGGACGGACGGACGGUGGGGAGCUGCACCCGGACAUUACCUGCUGUUAGUACAGACGUGUGAGAGGACGGAGCAGCCCCCGGUUUCUGGAUGGAUUUCCUCUCUCUGAAGACUGUGCAGUGAGAGCAGAGAAGAAGACGGAGAAGAACACUACAUUCAAGCAGAGAAAGCUGCAACUUUGACUUUCUGUGUAGACUGAGCAAAGCUUUUUGAAACAUCUCAGUUGGCCAAGAUUGGUCAAGAACGCCCUGAUGUAAAUAAGCCCCCUCAGGACCGUGCCAGUCAAGUUUGUAAUACUUGUUUGUUUCAGUCCAGCACAAAGCAACAAAAAUAAGAGAAAAGAAACAAAAAAAAAAAGACCGUGACGCCAGCUUUUGUUCCUCCUUCCUCGUUGUUUGCAACAUUCUGUCGUUGACCUGCAAUGUUCUCAUCAGAUCGCAGCAUGUCCCCGAACAAUCCUUGUUUGUCAUUAGUCUCAUACCUGACGCCGUCUUCCACGUUUAUGAUACAUAUUUUCAGCAAAGCCGCAUUUUGUAGUUCGGAGGUUUUAAUCUCGUGAAGAAGGUACGAUUUAGUUUCCUCCGAUUUUUUUCUAUGAGGUAAAGCUGACACAAGAUUUUGCGUAUCAGUGAAUGUUGUGGUACUGAUGGAUACUGAAUUUGAUAUUGUGUGUUUUGUUGGUUUUUGUUUUUUUUUGAGGAGUGGAGGCUGAGAUCUUUGGUUGUGUUGUUGCCGUGUAGAAACAGCCUGAUCCGAAAAGCUUUUCAAGUGCGAGUGUGAAGAUUUUGAGGACAACGAUGAAAUUCAUUAAGUUAAAUCAACGCAGAUGUUCUCGUUGUUACCUCAUCAACUCUCCGCAGAGAAAGCUUCUCCCUUGAUUAGAUCGUUUUUUGUUGGAUUUUCUUUUGUCCGUUUGGUUUUUCCCUCUCUGUGUGUGUCUGUGUGUGUGUGUGUGUGUCUGUGUGCGUGCGCGCGUGUGGUCAUUUUUCUCCGUUUACUGAGGACGUUUCCAGCUGCUGAUGAGAAUAAUGUCGUAAUAACUUUUCUGUCUCUGGUGUUGAUGGGUCUCAAAAGAGAAGUGUUAAAACUUCCUGUAAUGAUGACAAUCGUUUGACUCACUCAAGGAUGAAUUUUCUUCUUUUUUUUUUUUACAGAAUUGACCCACAGCCACCAGCAUCCACUUGUAAAAUGUGUGUGAGGGACGACUGUGCACGUGAUGUGUGAUUGUACUCGAUAAAACUUUAUUAUGUUUUGGCGCUGAGGCUUAUGUGUCCCUCUGUUUUUUGGUAUAAUGACAAUCCACAGUGGAUUAUUCUUCAAACAAAAUCUUCAUUAACUGUAGAAAGGUUCCACGCAUGUGUAUCAGAGGUGGUCGACUGCUAUUCUUGUGGUUGUUUUUUUUUUGUUUGUUUUUUUUCCUUUUCUUAUGAAACGAAGUUUUUUUAUUUCUGUGAUGUUUUGUUGGACCUGCUGUGCAUGUUUUUAUGCUCUGGCAUGCUGAAAGUUUUUUUGGGUUUUUUUCUCUUCUUUUUUUUUUAAUUUAUUUCUUUCGGUGGAAAUAUUUUGAGCACAACAGCGUGUCCUGUACAGACUCUACUAUAUAGUUUAAAACCUGCGUAUACGUCUAAAAACCUCCCCCUCCCCCACUACGACCCAAACAGCAGCAUUUACACUGUAGAUUCUGUGCAACACUACGGCGGUGUGAGGUCUAAUUUGAGUUGUUUUCAUGUAUAAUACAACAAAUACUACAUUUUAUUGUCUUUAUGUUUCUCCCCCUGCUAGCCUUUAAAUUUGACAAAAUGCUGCAUUUGCAGGGGGGGAGGUGGGGGCUGUGUUUUUUUUCUCUGAGGUAGAUGUACAUCUAAUCAAAUGCCAAAUAAAUUGCACCAUGAAGGACGACUCGUGCGUCACUGGCUGCGAACACACGCUGAACUCUGUGUUACACGUCGGCGAUCGUCGUGACAUUCAGCAUUCAGUCCUCUGUGACUCCCUUGACUAAGCCGAGGAAACUUAAGCGGCCAAAUGUCACAAGAGGAUUAAGGUGAAACGCAGGGGAAAUCCCCCCCAGACAGUGGGAUAGAGGUCGUCGGAAUAAAUCCAAUCCACAGUCUUUAAAAGAGUGGAAUCAUUUAAAGAAAGUGGAUAUAGCGCUUGCACACCUCACGAGUUAUGACUCAUGACGCGGCAGGUGGAUACAGUGAUACUCGCUGAAGAGCGUUGUCGCACCCCGCAGAGAAAAGAGGCUUUGUUUCACACGGGCCGAGUGGUGACAGAGUCACAUCAUCUGUGACUGAACGGGGGAGACGCAACACUCCACACUGAGCUGCUCAGUCCAGACUGGGAUUAAAUUUAUCAGACGUGGGAGAAGAAGGAUAACUUCUUCAUUCUUACGUGUGAAAGUCAAGAAAGUCCCUUCCCCCCUCCCCAUUUUCUGAUUAUUUCAUGUGGAAAAAAUGAAAACUAAAGUUAUACUGCACUCACUCAAAAUACUCUGUUAAUGACUAUAUUAUUUCAACUUCUUCACAUUUUAACCAUGUUAUUUUUUUAUUUACUGUUGUUUUAUUCCUAAAAUGUCAAUCGGUGUUUCCAAAACCCCAGAAGGACGACGUCAAAGGUCUUCUGUUUUUCGCCGACAAACCACAGAGAGAUUCCAUUCACCGUUUAAAGAUAAGAUUAAAUCUUUAAACGCAGAAUUACAGAACUCUUAAAACCACAUUCAAUCCAGUUAAUCUAUUCUCAAAGCAGUCGAUGAAGUCAUCCGUCUAUAAUCAACUGCCACCGCGCCAAAUUGAACCAUUUAAGCAUAGAAAGUGCAAUGUUUUAUUUUGAACUUUGUUCAAUAAAAGGAGCUAAACUCUCA